AUGGAUGAGGAGUCACCAGAUGACCUGCUCUUCAAAGACCAUCACUUCUCCUCUGAAUUGCUGAAACAACUCAACGACUUAAGGCAACGCAGGCUCCUGACUGAUGUGAGCAUCUGCACCGGUGCCUGGGAGGUCCCCUGCCACCGCAAUGUGCUGGCCUCCAGCAGCCCCUACUUCCGGGCCAUGUUCUGCAGCCACUUCCGGGAGAGCAGGGAGGCCAGGGUGCAGCUGCGAGGUGUGGAUCCCCGGGCUCUGGAGCAGGUGGUGGGGUACGUGUACACGGGGGAGGUGCACAUCACCACUGCCAACGUCCUUACCCUGAUGGAGGCGGCCUCCAUGCUGCAGUACCCCAGGCUGUUUGAGGCCUGCUCCUCCUACCUGCAGAGCCAGCUGGCCCCCAACAACUGCCUGGGCAUGGUGAGGCUCUCCGAGAUCUUAAGCUGUGAAACCCUCAGGAAGAAAGCCAGGGAGGUGGCCUUGACCUACUUCCCAGAGGUGGCUGCAUCAGGUGACCUGAACGAGCUGGGGGCCUUGGAACUGAAAGACUACCUGGGAGAUGACGGGCUGUGUGGGGAGGAGGAAAAGGUGUUUGAAGCCCUCAUGGCCUGGGUUAAACACGAUGUCCAGGCUCGCAGGCGGUACCUGCAGGAACUACUGCAGCAGGUGCGGCUUCAGUAUAUUCACCCCGCCUUCUUCCACCACUUCAUCGCCAACGAUGCGCUCCUGCAGUCCUCACCUGCCUGCCAGGACAUCCUGGAGAUGGCCAAGAGGCAGGUGUUCUCACUGUAUGGUACCAGUACCCAAGACAGCCGACCCACGUGGCAUGUCCCUCCGAGGAACUCCUACCAAGACUUCCUCCUCCUCCUGGGUGGACGCAAGGACAAUCAGCAGACCACCAGGGAGGUCCUGCUGUACAGCGCACUGACCGGCCAAUGGCAGAACCUUGCCAAACUCCCCACCCGGCUGUACAAAGCCUCGGCUGUCGCCUUGCAUCGCAGCGUCUAUGUGCUGGGGGGCAUGGUGGUCAGUGGCGGGCAGAGUCUCAUUAGUCACAAGGUCUAUAUCUUCUCCCUGAAACUCAACCAGUGGAGGCUGGGGGAGCCCAUGCUGGCAGCCCGCUACUCCCACAGAAGCACCGCCCACAAGAACUUCAUCUUCUCCAUUGGGGGCAUUGGAGAAGGGCAGGAGUUCCUGACUUCCAUGGAGAGGUAUGACAGCAUCUGUGACACCUGGCAGACCAUGGCCAGCAUGCCGGUGGGAGUCCUCCACCCGGCGGUGGCAGUGAAGGACCAAAGGCUCUACCUUUUCGGGGGAGAGGAUGUCAUGCAGAACCCAGUACGCCUUACCCAGGUUUAUCACAUUUCCAGAAACACCUGGUUCAAAAUGGAGACAAGGAUGAUCAAAAACGUGUGUGCUCCUGCGGUAGUACUAGGACAGCGCAUUGUCAUCGUGGGAGGUUACACAAGGAGGACCCUUGCUUAUGACCCUCAGUCCAACAAAUUUGUCAAAUGUGCAGACAUGAAGGACCGGAGGAUGCACCAUGGGGCCACGGUGAUAGGGAACAAGCUGUAUGUGACGGGCGGGCGGCGCCUGACCUCCAACUGCAGCAUCGAGGACUCAGCCUCUUUUGACUGCUACGACCCUGAGACAGACACCUGGACAUCACAGGGACAGCUGCCACACAAACUCUUUGACCACGCUUGCCUGACUCUCCAGUGCAUACCUCACAUGGCCACCUUUUCAUGA